GGAUGAGCUUCAGAUCGUCAUUUGCUUCCCUGUUCUCGUUCAGGAAAUCUGGAAAGGAGACUUCAAAGCUUCCAUCACUGGGACAGAAAGGUUCCAGUGGUAUUAAUAACAAAGGAAAUGGGGCUUAGCUUCCAUAGUGACAAAGUUCUUAGGAAACCAUGAGACUUGGCUCACCUGAAAUCCAACUUCUAACGAAAUGCAGAGUGCAUUGGUGGUGCAUUUGGUGAGUGAUGGAUUAAACACUGGGAAAUCACGAUUGCCAGUUUUUUUCACUGCUCCAAGAAUCUGGCCUAUGUCAUGACCAGGAAGAUAUAUUUAAAUAAAAACUACUCUCUCUUUGCAGAGUAUGUGUCCUGGUCAUAAGCGAGUUGGAGUAUAAAGACUAGAUGAAAGCAAAUGUGAGGUGAGCAAAGAGACUGGAGAAAAAUAGAAUUCUAAAAUGGAGGAAAUGUAAUUAGUGUUAUUAGAAAUGUUGACGGCUGUUCCCAUGUGACUGCUCAGAAUGUAUAAGGUGAGAGAGGAGAAGCUUCUGGAGCAGUGGAAACUUAGUUUCAGAUGGUUCCCAGUUUAGGACUGUGCAAAUCAGUUCACUUGACUCACUAUGUUGUUGGAUUGCUUUGUGAAAAACAAGCAAGGCUAUGCUUAAGUGCAGUUGAGCUGACUGCUAAAUAUUUUCGGCAAGUCUUCCUGGUUGCAAAGCUUCCCACCCUCUUAAGGUGUUGGCUUGGCACGUGAUACGUUCCUUGUACCGUCAAACCACACGGUGUGUAGCAGUGCUAAAUAAAAAGUGUUGGAGGUCACUGUCGCUGAGAAACAAGAGGCAGCAAGCAGCUGGUGGGGCGUGUGAUGAGGCUGCUGGACUUGGCAGACCACUGUCCUCCCCUCUUGGGUGAAUGGAGAGUUUUUCACUCCCAGCUUUCACCUGAGGCUGUUUUUGUCUGAUGGAAAAAGAACUGACUAAAAUGUAGCUUUAUAUGACGGUAGCUACCACAGUCCCUAGCAAGGAAAUACUCUUCAAAUAGAUGCGACGGCCACGCAGGACCUCCGGUGCCUGUGAGCGGAGCUGCUGUGGAGGCAAAAAUAUACAAUUCACCCCUGGAAAAUCAACUAGUCAACAGUGCAUUUGUCCCCAAGCCAGCAGUCAUGAGGGAGGAGAGUAGUAUGCCUACGCCGUGGGACACUUCACUGCUGGAGAAUGAGUUUUUCCAAGUUUUAGAUGACUUGGAUAGCAAAUUGGCUCAGGAACAGUCUGCAAGCUCAGUGAACACCAGAACGCCCCUCAACUAUGGAUCAAGAACACAGUUUAGUCAUUUUUAUUCCAGUGGGAACAGACAUGGUAAUAUCACAGAAAGGCACAAAAAACACUAUAAUGACACUUCCAAUAUGUCUAUCUAUGACAUCCUAAGACCAGGAGCUCCUAGGGAAGGUUUUAAAACCUUUUCUCCUAGGACAAGGACAAUUUAUGAUAUGUAUAGAACAAGGGAGCCCAGAGCCUUUAAAGAAGAUCAUGUGCAAAAGAAUACUUUUGGAAGUACUUCGCUGUGCUUUGACAGUAGGCAACGGUCGGCCUUACCAGCCACAGGGCAUUUCACAGCAAGAAGCUUACAUUUUCCAGCCACAACUCAGAACAAGAGUGUGUUUGUACCACUAAGGCACCGGCAGAGUCCAAAGAGAACUCCUUUAUCAUCCAUCAUAUGGAACAGAUCAGAUUUCUCUAGAGAUAGGCAGAACCAGGCAGAGUUCCUGAGGGCACCAUCACCAAUGGAAAUUGACCCUGCUGACAAGUAUGCGUAUCCCAGGUAUUUUCAGGAGAAUAGGAGCUAUGAGUCAUACCAUUCACAGAAUGUUUACCACCAUGUUAGUUUAAAUGCCCCCAUGGAGAAUGCAAUGAGUCCUGACACUUUUGAGAACUCAGAGAAUAUGCCAUUCUACCAUCAAAGCAACCCAUUUGCCAGAUCUUUCUUCAGCAGUACCUUUGGACAAAGCAGAGAACAGAGGAGAUUUGGACAAAGUCCUUUUGGGGGUCAGCAGAAAGGACAUUCUUCCUGGUCUGACUUUCAUCGAACCAGGAAUUCAUUCAGUUCUUCUGACAGAGACUUUGAAAUGAUUUCCAUGGAAGCAAAUAGUGCAUCAGCUAUUCAUAGCCAUAGUGUUUCUUCUGAACACUGGGAAUCAUUUUCUUCUGGUUAUGGAACAGAUGUUUCCAGAGGCCAAGAGGAGCCACCUCCCUGGCAGUUUGAUUUUCACACAUCCACACUGGAGAGGAUAGAGGUAUCACAUGGUAAUGAGAACCAGUUGACUCCUCAUUUUGGCACGCCAAAUGUUUGCUCCAUGACUGCUUCAAACUGUCACAUCAAAUCUGGUGAGUUGGUAAGUCAACAGGAGGACAGUUCUCCUGUAGAAGUACAUAUAAACAAAGAAGCUUCCUCAUUUGGAAUUGCUCAGACUCUAGCACCCUCAUUCAAAACUUCCUUUUCCCAGAUUUCUGAUGACAGAAGGAAUUCUCAGAGCUCCAACUUGCAGAAUCCCACAGGCACUUUGCCGAAAAUUAUUCUUAAUAAGCCUGCCUCUCAUCCAAUGAGAAGCCAUGCAGAAGUCACUAUGACCAACAGCAAUUCAACUGACUCUCUGCCUCUUGCCAAAAGCCAGCACAAUAUCAAAGAAGUAAAUAGUGAGAAAGACUUAAAUGAAUUUAUUUCAAAAGAAGACAGACAGCUAAGCAAGAUGGACCAGACAAAGAAGGCAAGUGAAAUACCCCAGCCUGUUUCACAGACAGGGACGUCAAACCGUUUACCUGAUUUUCAAAAUCCCUUCUCCCAGGACUCAGCCAAGAGCAACAGGUUUGAUUUUAAUGCAUCUACCACAAUAAGUUCAAAAAAGCCACCCAGAGUCUUUUCCCGGAAAGAUACCUCCAAAACGUAUGUACCGUAUAAAGAUAAAUCCAAUGACAUUAAACAAGAUGAGAGGUUUACUGGGAACAGAAAACUUGGCUCGACAGCUUCCCUUCCUUUCAUUCAGGAACACAGAACACCACCAUCUCUCCCCAGGCCAGACCAAGGUUGUCACCAGGAAUUAACUGUAGCUAAUGAAGAUAUUUCAAGCAUUAUUACAAAUAACCACUGGAGCUCUGUACCGACUGAUACUCAAAAUGCACAAUCUCUAGAAAAGCCUGUUAUUUUAGAUACUGAGGGAGAACAAUGUGCUGCAAUUCAUUCUACCAACUGUGGCAAGUUGGCUGCUGGCCACAAGACCUCGUGUGAUUCUUUAGCUCUGUCAUCAGCUGCAAUACCAGAUUCCUCACCCUCCAGUAAUUCUUCCCUUGAUGCUCCUGUGGUUCCAUCUACUACAGUGUUCUCCAGGAGAAGUCCUUCAGACAAAGAUUCAUCACUGGGAGAAAGAGAAGAAAAAGACAAUGCUGGGAAGGACCAAAAUAAUCAGUUUGUUGUAAGUCACUCAGAAAGCCAAGAGAGAAAUGAUAGUGAUGUGCCUGCACAUGAUGAAGUGGUUGAUGUUGUCAAAUGCCAUUCACACUCUCCUUUUAGGACUGGAAGGGGAAAAGGAAAAAUAAGGCAUCGUAUAUCCUGUAUUGAAAAGUUAAGCAAAACAGAAAAUAGAAUAGUACCCACCAGUGGUCGUGGGAGCCUCAUUGAAGCAAAUCAAAGCAAUUCCAAAGCUUCAGAGCUUGACACAAUUUAUUGUACCUUGCCAAGAAAAUCAAGCAGUUUUCUCAUACAUGGCAGGCAGUCAGGAAGUCAAAUAAUGCCUGCUUCAUUGAGGAAUGGGCCACUUCCCUUCCAAAUCAAAAAUAAUGUAGAAGAUACAAUGGGGAACUGUACAUUAAACAAAUUUAGUCCCAGUUCUCCUGAGUCGGUGACUGAAUGUUCCAAAGUCGUUUCAGACUCAGCCCUGGGAGCACCUGAAACCACAGAGAGAAUGACAAAUGUGAAAAGCGGUGGAUCUGCUUCUUUUAGAAAAGGGCCACUUCCGUUCCUCACCAAGAGGGCUAUGUCAUGUCCCUCAGGGGAGCCACAUGCCUCAACUGGAAGAGAAGAAAGAAAAAAGCCAUUGGCCUCAGGCACGGAUGCUUCUGAGCUAACACCAAGGCUUUGGGAGAGAAUUAUUUGCCCUGUGGAAAGUGACUCAUCUGUUAGAGAUUGUUCUUUAACCAAAAGACACCACCAAAAGGAAAACUUCCAAGAAUUCACUGAGAAGGAAGGUAAAAUGGCUGCCUCCAGGAGAAGUGUAUUUGCCCUUUCAAAUGAAGACCCUUUACCUUUUUGUUCAGACUUGUCAGGAAAAGAACGGGAAAAAACUUUACAUAAAGUUAAGACAACUAGUAUGUUUUCUGUUUCUGGUGAUGAAGAUAAUGUAAAAUGUCUGGAGGUGGUCUCAAUAUAUUACACUCUACCAAGGAAACCCAGCAAAAAAUUCUGUAACCUCCUUCAACAGUAUACACAAAAUACUGAUUCACUUCUAGAAUCACCUCGAGUGGAGACUGAAACCUUUCCCAAUGCUCUAGAAAAAGACGCACAGAAUCAUUCUACACAAGAUCAGUCAGGAACACCUUCGUGUGAAGAUCUAAAGAUGUCGGUCAACUCUGAUCAGAGUCUGAUCAUUGAAAAUAUGACUGCCUUCCGAUUAUCAAACAGCGGGCUCCUGGAGCCUACAUUACAGGAAAUGGCUUCUAUUGAGGCAGCUGUUUCUCUUCCUAAAGAGGAAUCUAAAGUCAGAGAGAAUUUUUCAGAUAAUUUAGCUAAAACACCUUUAGAGGAUUCAGAAAACAGGAAAGAAGGAGGCAAAAAAUUGCAAAGUGAAACCUUGCAUACUUUAUUGAUGCUUCAGGGAAAAAAUGUUUCCAAAGAAAGAUCCGAAAAUUGCCAACAAUCCAUUAAUUCAAGUGACAGUGGUCCCUCUAGUCUUCCAGCUCUUUCAGAAAAAAAUAUUGGAAAUUCCCAAACCAGAAGAAGUUCUUGGGAGUGUACAGGGAGUGGUAGAGCCAUUCCAUUUACUGGAAGUGGGAAGUGUCCUCAGAAAGAUCACAUAUCCACAGCUGUAGGUGAUGGCUCCAAUGGCUCACAGCCUAGGGAAGGCAGAGGGGACGUUGACACCAACUGCCAAAGAAUGACUAAUGAAACACUUUCUCACUCAGAGAGCCAAGUCUUUGCUCUUACUCCAGCACUGCAUAAACUAUGGCUUGGUGAGGAGACUCAGUCAGAUGAACCAGACUUAGGAAAUCUGCAGUCUGGACCUAGAGAAUUACCUCAAAGAAGUCAGAAGGCAAAUACGACAGAGAGCAGGAAGGCUGAAGAUGAAAUGCAGUUAGCAUGGGAUCAACCUUCCCUUCCUGAAGGAAACAAUAAAAAUAAAACCACCUUGGAAGACCUAGUGAAGGGGGAAAAUAGAUCUUCAGGUAAACACAGAUUGGCAGCCAUGUCUAAAGCAAGCAGAAAAUUCCCAGCUAAAGAUGUAAGCCCUAGAAGACAUGUAGCUACUAUCUUCCCCAAAAGUAGGAGUAGGUCUGGCUUUGACCAUUUACCUGUUGGCACAGUGGAGUGCAACCCACUCUUCCCUGAGCCUACUCCAAAGUCUGCAGAAUCCAGAGGUGAAAGCAGGUUGAGUGAAGAUGGAAUGCACAUGAAGAAGUCCAAGAAGCCUCUCCCCACUACUUUACUACCCAACAGAGAAUCUUCUACACACGCCAGCAACCAGAAGUCUAACAGCAUUUCACAACGACAUCAGAAUGAGUUUAAAAAUGUCCCAGAAUCACAACAACAGUAUGAGAAUUCUAAAGACGUCACAAUAGCUCAGAAUUUAGAAGGAGAAUCAGGAGCCCCAUCCCUGCUCACAUUCACCAGCCUCAGGGAAGCAGAAUUCUCUGACGAUCAGAGGAGGCUGAGCCCUCCUUUUCCACUGGAGCCUGCACAGAAAUCUGGAGUAAGCAUCCCACUGGCCAGUUUUCGGCAGCAACAAAGGAGUGCUUCAUCUCUGGAGUGGGAACCUGAGCCACACAUCUAUCGUUCAAAGAGUUUAAAAAGCAUUAAUGUGCAUGGCGAUCUGCUACGAAAAAGUCAUCCUCCGAAAGUCAGGGAGCGCCAUUUUUCUGAAAGUACUUCUAUUGACAAUGCCCUGAGUCGACUGACCCUUGGGAAUGAAUUCUCUAUCAACAAUGGGUACAGUCGAAGAUUCAAAUCUUUCUCUGAACUCCCCUCCUGUGAUGGAAAUGAAAGUUGGACUUUUCGCAGCGGGACAAAAGCAGGUCCCAAGUCUGCAACAUCUAUAUGCAGACCUAUCGACUAUGGGAUCUUUGGGAAAGAACAACAGUUAGCUUUCUUAGAGAAUGUAAAGAGGUCACUUACACAAGGAAGGUUAUGGAAACCAAGUUUUCUUAAGAACCCGGGCUUCCUGAAAGAUGAUUCGAUGAACCCUCCCAAACCCUCAGAGUCAUUAAGCUCAAAUUCUCCCAGUAGUCAGAUGCCAGAAGAUAGCUUAUCUCCAAGUGAACCACUCAAUAUCUAUGAAGACGACCCAGUGGACUCAGAUUGUGAUACAGACACAACCACAGAUGAUGAAUACUACCUGGAUGAAAAGGACAAAGAGUCAGAACUGUGAGGCUUUUUCAAUAAAAUGCUUUACCUUUUCCACCAAAAGCUUAUAAUGGAACUGAGGUGUAUAUGUGCACAUGCAUGGGAGGAUAAAAGGUCUAGUCUGGGCAGUGUCUUCUCUGAAAUGUCCCACAUCUCCUUUUUUUUCCUCCACACCCAAUAUAGACACUUCCUGAAAGCUAGAACAAUGAAUUCUUGUUCUGAGAGAGUCUCUGCUAUUUUUCUCUCUCUCUAAAUGUUCUUAGCCUGCCUUUCCACCACGCCCACUUAAUCCCUAAUUCACUGUCUGAUUUGGGCUUUCUGCUUUACUUCCCUCCUAACAUUUUUCAUCUUUAAUUGUGAUUUACAACCCUAGUAUCCCAGGUACAUACAAAACUUAGGCAUUACCCAGCACAACUGCAAAACUCUGUAUUUGUUCUUUGGGUCCACACCUUAUGCUCAUGACAUUAAAUAAAAGGUAGGGACGAUAACAAUGGGGUGAAUGUUAUCAUCCUGUUUGACUCAUGAACAUUUAGGAAGUUUCAGGUGGUGGUUUUCUCUUUCAAACAAAGAUAAAGGAAUUUUUUUUAACCUGAGAAACUGGUUGCAAAAA